AUGACUCUGUCUGAUGCCCAACGUGCAGAAAAAUCCAGCAUAGUUGCAUUCGCUGGCGCAGGAAUAAGGCGGGGUACGAUUGAGAGGUUCGACGAUGAGUGCGCGAAGGGGAGGGAGUGGCAUGAUGUGAUUUGCGUGUAUGUCACAACAAGCUUCGGCCACAUGGACGAUGAGGAGCUCGCCUCCCUUUGCUUGGAGCGAUUCUCGACUACGAGUAACGCCUAUCAUCCAUGCUUCUUCGUUGUACUUGACAAGAGAACGGAGAAGGAUGGAAGCGUAUUAUUGUACCACCAAAAUGAAGAUGGUACCGACAGAGUGUCUAUCCGGGUCAGCCCUGGAACUAUCCCAUCUCUUAUCGUGUUGCUGGACACGGGAAUGAAUGAUAUUCCCUCCAUCAAAGCCAACCAUUACCCUAAAGGCGAGGAAGAGGCUAAAGAUUGGGUGUACGAUGCUUGUCUCGAUUUUUCCGACAUUCAGAUCAACAUUAGACUUCCUUCAUGGGAGUUCAAGCGACAGUCUCCUGGCCCUGACGACGACAUGGAAAUCUUGAAGAAGCGCGGGAUACGGUUCUCUGCCGCCUAUGAAACGGCGAACAUAGAAUUGAAAUGGUUUGGAGAAGCGCCAGACUCCCUGUUGCUGCAAGCCUUCAUUUCCGAGAAACAGAACCGUAUCUUCGUUACUGGGGCUAUUGAAUAACUUGA